AUGACGACGGCAACAAGUCCGAUUAUUCGUGAGAAACCAUUGAUUAACUUGAAGUCUAUUUGCAAAAAUGCAUCAUUGAAAUCGACAUCGCAAUCCGUUCUACCAAAUUAUCCAUUAGUGCGAAAACGUCAUACGAAAAAACGCGUACGGUUUGAACUGAAAUUAGAAUCGGUACAAGAAGAAACAUCAUCAAUAGUAAACAAAGAGAGUCCGAUCGCCGAACCAACGACUCGAUUUGUAAAUUCCUGGCAUGACAAUAAACUACUACGCAAUGCUUAUAUCAAAGCAUUAGACAAAGCGAAUACACCAAAACGUAUUCUAUCCGAAGCCAAACGACCGUCUCGACCUUCGUUAUCGCCUCUUCCCGAUGAAGGCAAUCCGCUCUACUCACGAUCAUUUGUUGUCGAUCUGUCCUCGACAACAACAUCGUCGUUUUAUCUGCCCAAUAUCUCUCAACGGCGAGCUUUGACGCCAAAGAAAUUCCUGAGUGUCGAACGACAGCAUUCGGCGACAUUUUUCGAUUCGUCUCUCAAACAACGCCUACAUUCAGCCACUUCACCGCGAAGAUCGGUGAAUCCAAUCGGAGAUAGAAAAUUCUUCUCUCCGAUUGUCAAACGAAUCGAUUUAGCAUUACCUUCAAUAAAAGAUUUAAAUCCCAACGAAAGACUCAUUCGAAUUGACAAUUGUUCUCAAUUGAAACUGAUCCACGACUCAACACAAGCAAAAAAACACCCUUAG